AUGGGAGCUCCAGGGUCGACUGCCGAACAUCGUUUUUGCUCGUUUGCACCAAUAAGGAAUGGUAGUCAAGCGAAAUGGUACGUGGACGGACAGGACUAUAUGGCAGCUGUUGCUGAUUCGAUUGAAGCCGCGGAAAAGGAGAUCUUCAUCACAGACUGGCAACUCAAUCCACACAUCUUCAUGAAAAGGCCUGACUUGGGAGUCGAUAGUUUACUUUGGCGUCUGGAUAAAAUGUUGCUGAGAAAAGCUGAGCAAGGUGUUCGCACGUACAUAUUACUCUACUGGGAAUCGAAAAUCGCGGGUAUGGACCUUGGUAGUGAAUAUGCACAAACUGCUCUGCGUCAUGAUAACAUCGAGGUUCUUCGUCAUCCAGAUAUGAGUACCCUCUUGCUUAAUCCUUCCACCAUGUUCCGGUGGAGUCACCAUGAGAAAGUGGUGGUUGUUGAUCGAAGUGUAGCGUUCGUUGGGGGCAUUGAUCUUUGCUUUGGCCGAUGGGAUACUCACAGCCACCUGUUAACAGAUCCCUUUCCACCUCAUCCCUGUGUGUUGGAGAGUGAUGAGUAUGCUAGAAUUCCUCAGGAAUCUACAGUGCAAUAUUCACGCUGGAUAGGUAAGGACUAUGGUAACACCUUCCUUCAUGGUGCAAGAACUAACCUGGAUGAGCCGAUGAAGGAUGAUGUUGAUAGACGUAAAGAUCCUCGCAUGCCAUGGCAUGAUGUGGCUUGCUCAGUUUCUGGACCUCCUGCUCUUGAUGUUGCCACACACUUUAUUGAGAGAUACAAACAUCUCAAGCCACGUUACGGCUUUCAAGAUAUUCAACUGAAUACUGAACUUCAUCAGAUUUCAGAUCCAAGUGGUAGGAAUCUCACGAUACAAGUUCUCCGUUCAGUGGGCGAAUGGUCAGCCGGUCAGCCAAAGGAAACCUCUAUCUACAAUGCUUAUCUACACGCGAUUGAGAAUGCAGAGCAUUUUAUUUACAUCGAAAAUCAAUUUUUCAUCUCAUCUCACGGGAAUGUGUACAAUAAGGUAAUGUCAACGUUGGCUGACAGAAUUUAUCGUGCUCAUCAAGAAAGUCAGGAUUUCCGCGCAAUGGUCAUCAUACCAUUAAAGCCAGAGUUUCCAGAGAAAUGGGACACAGACGUUAAUUUAAGAUUUGUGAGCAACAAGACUUAUGCCACCAUCUACCGUGGGAAAGAGUGUUUGAUGAACAGGCUGAAAGAAAAGGGAAUUCCAUCAGAAGCAAUACCUAACUACUUCAGUGUGUAUGGUUUGCGGAGACAUGGGUCUCUAAAUGGGAACCUUGUGACGGAGAUUGUUUAUGUGCAUAGUAAGCUGAUGAUUGUUGAUGACCGAGUGGCUAUCAUAGGGUCAGCAAACAUCAAUGACCGCAGCAUGCUUGGAGACAGGGACUCAGAAGUAGCAGUAAUCAUACAAGACAAGGAAAUGAUGGAAGGGAAGAUGAAUGGAAGACCCUACCAAGUGGGAAAGUUCUCUCACAGUUUACGUUGUCACUUACUAAAAGAACAUCUUGGCCUUCUAUCAGAAACGACUGCGACACCACUAAAUAUCAAGGUAGAAGACCCAUUGACAAACGCCUUCCACGAUACCGUUUUAGAACUAGCUGAGGAAAACACUCGUGUUUUUGAGAGCGUAUUUCAGGGAAGAAUACUUCCAACAAAUAAAGUACGGAACUUUGAUGAACUUAAGGAGUGGAAAUCACGUUCAGAUGUUGCUGAUCAUUAUUUGGAGUUGCCUAAGAUUCAGGAAAGAAUUGUCCUCUUUCCACAAUUCUUCUUGGAAGACUGUUUAAAACCAUCU